GGUUAAAACUACAUAAACCAUCCAUGUUGGGUGUACCCCGUUUCCCCAAAUCAGAUGCCAUCGCCACCUUCCUAUUAUUAAUAUUCCCCAGCCAGCUCACAAUCAGCAGCCAUAAUCUUUCAGCAAACCAGACGCUGGCAAGGCUCAAUGGAUUCAUGCGCAGCCCUGCCUCUUUCCCUGCUCUUCGCUCGGUGUAUGCCUGCUGGUUUAUAUUUAUAUAUUCUAUGAUUUAUCCCGUUGUGCUAUUGCCGGUUCUGUCGCUUUUUUUUUAUGUUGCAAUUGCAUGUGGAGGCAUGGAAUGCGCUUCAAAACUGUCAACCUUCAUCGCGGAAGUUCCCGAGGGGGGGGGAAGGGUAAGGGCGGGCAUGCGCUGCGUUUUACCUUCAAGUGACAAGCAAUAAAUUUAUUCUCUCGUCUUGAACCAUGCUCGCUGCUCACUUUUUUUCCCUUUUCCUUCCCCCUUUCCUCUGUCCUACGGUGAGUGCGCAUCAAUCCAAUAGAGUUCGGGGAUUGGUCGGGUUCAUCACAAUUACAUUUUGUGAGGUUUAUGAUGCGACUUUGUCGCCGUCACUGGAAAAUGAACAGUUGGGGCAUGGUUUGUCCAGGAGACGACUUGUUCUUGGUGGUGAUUUGCCCAGGUUUGACUUGGCGGUGGUGAUGUGUAUCAUUUGUGGCCCGUGUGGGCGGGCGGCUAUACUGGCGAAUGAAGACAUAAAAGUCUGGCCGAAACACCCGUUUUCCGUACCUAAUAAUAAUUCAUCAUCGAAACAGUUUGUUUCCAUCAUUCUUUUGAUGGCGGUGCAGUAUGUUCCCGAAAAUUGUGGUUGCGGCCCCACCCAAUUGUGCCACCAAUAUAUAACCUUUCUGGUUCGGCAAAAAUAAUUCUGGCUACGUGGGAGAUGGGGAAAAAAACUUGGCUAUUUUGUCGCGUUUACGGGAAAAACUGGAAGGUUUAUUUGAUGGGGUUUACGCUGGAUCCCGAGGGUGUUUUGAAUGAGCUGGCAGGGCAAUUCUGACCCAGCGCUCAAACAGGAUUGGAUGGUUUUUCGGCAACGGAUGGUUUGCGACACUCCGCUCACGUGGUUUGGCGUUUGGGCGUGUUCUGCUACACGCGAAGAAUGCAAACUAUACAAAUACUAUAAUUACACCACAGCGAGUGAUUGCACAAAUAAGAGAUUUCUCAACUGAGGUCGCGUGUAUAUGCUCAAUAGAAAAUAUUGGUUUAUAAAUAAAAGUGUUAGGGGAUUGGACUUUUACAGUAAGGGCGGCAAUUCUGGACAAGCGCCGGAAGACGUGUUUUGCAACCCUCGGUUAUGACGUAAUCAGCGUCGCUUGGGUUGUCAGCCAACUUACCCGCCGCUAGCCCACAACAGGACUAGCUUUGUUUAUCGCUCCUGGCCAUCAACAAACUAAACAUCGCAGCAUCGACAACAACAACCGCUCCACACAGAAUUCCCCUCUCCCCUCCACCACCCGGCCGCCUGUUUACCAUCAACCACUUUUGCUCGCACUUCUAAUGGCGGAGCUUUAUUGACUCUCCUUUUUCUGGACGUGCCGGUCCAAAAUACCGCCCAAUUGGCCCUGCCCUUCGAGAGGACCCUAGAAACAACGCUUAGAUCUCUCGCUAUCGAGGUGCACGUAAACAUUGCUACACGCCUCUGUGGUUCAUUCGACAUAGACUUAUAAGAAACACAGCUUCUUGCUGCUAGUAUCAACGCCAAAAUGGAUGCAAAGCCUCAACGACCUUUUCGCCCUCUACGCGUCCUAGGAGACGAGAACUUGCUGGCCCCUAUCAAUCCGGCCGGAAAGACACUCCACCAUCGUAAUAAAUCGACACCGGCGUUGUCAACACUGGGCGAACCUGGUGGAGUGAAGAAUGCUGUUAAACGUACGGCUUUCGGGGAUCUCAGCAACACGGCCAAUACUACGCGACCAACUAGGGAUGAUCCAGCUGUCCCUUCAAAGGGCUUAUCAACAGUCACUGAAAAGCCAACCGCCUUAUCUCGACCCGCUCAGAGGCCCCUGUCGGUUGCAGGUGCUAAACUUGCCCAAGUCAGCGCUUCCAAUUUCAACGUCAACGUGAUCGGUCCCAACACGAACCAUUCUGCACUUGAUAAGCUUCCUGGUAACCCUCGAAAAGCCAUCACUAAACGCAAUACCGUGUUCAAAGACACUGCACUACCUUCCGCGGUAGAAUCCGAGCCUAUUACUUCGCAGAGCCACAAAACUUCUGCUCCUGCGGUGAAUAACAAGGGACCUGUCGAUCACGUGGCAGAGCGGUCAGCAACUAUCGCGAGUAACAACACGGCUGUGAAUGAUAAGCCAGUUAAUGCAGCUCAAGCGAACAAUCCAAUGAAAAAGGACCUGCAACAUUCGUCCGUGUCAAUCAGCUCAGAAGAACCUGCUGCCUUGCGGUCAGAUGGCGUAUAUAUUAAAGAGAACGGAGAGGUUAAGUCGUAUUCGCACCAUGAAAAGGGUCACAUAAUGCACGAGAAGCCCAUGCCUAGCUCCAAUGCACAACCAGUCCUCACAAGUGAUGUCGAAGUAGUAUCUACGAAGCACGUUACUGAACACCGUGCAAUUGUCUCCGAGAAUUCUGACCCUUCUCGCCUCAAGCAUGACCACGUACAUUUGGCUUCGGAACCAGAAGAAUAUUGGGACGACGAGGACGAUGAUAACUAUGAGGAGGAUGGAUACGUUACCGCUCGCUCACAUCGAUCCCGUGAUAAUACCACCGGAGGUGCAACGGUUCUUUUGAUGCCAAAGGUCACACAGAAGGUACAGCGAGAGUUGAGCAUUGCGAAGGAAAUUGUUGAAGCAACUCGCACGCCGGAGGAUAUUGAAGAUGAAGCUUGGGAUACUAGCAUGGUUGCUGAGUAUGGAGAUGAGAUAUUUCAGUAUAUGAGGGAGCUUGAGAUGAGGCUCUUGCCAAAUGCCCAUUACAUGGAUAAUCAAGCAGAAAUCCAAUGGUCGAUGCGCUCUGUUCUUAUGGACUGGCUCGUUCAAGUCCAUCAUCGAUUCUCCUUGCUGCCGGAAACCCUUUUCCUCUGUGUCAAUUACAUUGACCGAUUUCUGUCAUGCAAGAUUGUUUCCCUUGGCAAGUUGCAGCUUGUUGGAGCUACUGCAAUUUUUAUUGCAGCUAAGUACGAGGAAAUCAACUGCCCAUCUCUUCAGGAGAUUAUCUAUAUGGUAGAUAACGGAUAUACUGCCGAUGAAAUUUUGAAGGCGGAGCGCUUUAUGCUCAGCAUGCUGCAAUUCGAGCUAGGCUGGCCAGGUCCCAUGAGUUUCCUCCGGCGGAUUAGUAAGGCUGAUGACUACGACUUGGAGACACGAACUCUUGCCAAGUACUUCCUGGAGAUUACCAUCAUGGACGAACGCUUUGUUGGUACCCCUCCGAGCUUCACUGCUGCGGGUGCUCAUUGCCUCGCGAGAUUGAUGUUGAGGAAGGGAACCUGGACCCCUGCUCACGUAUAUUAUUCAAAUUAUACAUACUCCCAGUUGUAUCCACUUGUUUCGCUCAUCCUUGAAUGCUGCGAGGACCCGAUGAAGCAUCACUCCGCUGUCUACGAAAAGUACUCUGACAGACGAUUCAAGCGGGCCUCUACCUUCGUGAAAGGAGAGAUGAUGAAGAAAUUCAAGCUCCCAGAAGCGGCCCGUGAGGGCUCCGCUGCUCAUUUAAUUAACCUCUUCGAGGACGCGUCUACCUGGCGCCGUCAAUAGGCUACUAGGGUUUACGAUAUCACCGCCAAACCUCAACUUCCACUCCUUCUAUUUCCGCCAAUACAUAUCACUUCUUUACUCGCUGUUCGGGUUUUCCAUAAAUAUUUCGUACUCGCAACGGAACAUAUUUCUCCUGGUUUUUGCCUCGACAAAACAUCCCGUUUAUAAACAUAACGAUUUGAUACCCACUCUCCUUUACUCGACAAUGUUUCUUAACUCUCCGUUUCGCCGACGCUACGUCGUGGCUCUUGAUAUGUUGCCACUUUCCCACAUUUUACAGAUUGAAAACCACAUAUCUCUCUAUUAUCUCACCCUCCUUUAUACCCUAGCUACCCCAGCAACAUACGACCUUUUUUUUUCCCUUUUGCUUUCAUUACAUCCAAGCCGGCGAGCAUAAUGGCGUAUACAGGUUUCCUAUCGGGGUUGAUUGCGGUUUCACUUUUCUUGUCAACCAAUCAAAGGCGUUUAGUUUUCAAUUCUCGUAAUGGCGUUGUGUAGAUUUUCAUUUCUGCGAGGACUCUAAAGCUAGCGAUGCGGCCACUUUUCCUUUGUUCUUGUUCCGCCCACAACAGCCUUCCGACGAAUGGUUUAGACUCACUCCUUUUCCAUCUAAUACCUGCCGUUCGGUUGAUCAAUUCCUGAUUUACCUCGCGACUCUAUUCCAACCCUCCCGCACAUUCAUUCACGUCUGUGCGGCACUUUUUCGUUUUUUGGGACAUCGGUACAACCAAACGGUUCUAUACGUACAGAACAUUCGUUCGGAUUUUUUCUCCUUGCUCAGAAGCGCUACACCUUUCUUGCUACAUUUUGCUUCCCCUACUCUUUUACUUUUCUCGAUAUCUUUUUUCCCCGUCGAAGGGCACAUGCUGACGUGAAUCUCUGAGCGAAUUCGCUUUUCCCUUAUCAUUUAUAGGUAUGCGGCCCUUCUUCUCUUUUCUCCAGACAUUGAGUAUAUAUUUUUUCCUUUAUUUUUUCCCUAUCUCUCUUUUUUUCUUUUUUUCUUUCUUUCUUUUUCUUUUUCUUUUUCUUUUCUUUUCUUUUCUUUUCUUUUCUUUUUCUUUUUUAAAUCUCUAAUGGGACGGAAUGGGUUGGGAAAUGGGAUAUGGGUGGUUAUUGCAGCCUAUUGUUUUGGUUUUGGGACUGUUUGGUUUUUUGCUCGGGUGGGGUGGCUGGGCGCGCGGAGAAUGGAGUUGUCGGAUUCUAUUAUUUUUCCAUGAUUCCGGUCCCCUUUCUCUUUUUUCUUUGGCUUGCUGCGUGUUUUACUCUCUUAUGGUCUAGCUUUUAUUGUGUUUCAUUCUAUUUUAUGAAUGAUUAUUUUCUCGUUUUGAUCAAUGAUAAGUUUAAUUCUAUUCCCGUUUUCAGUCCUAAGCCUUCAAGCGGACUUAUCCCUCUUGCUCUUGUUGAAGAAUCUGAAGAAUGGCGAUGGAUGGGAAGACUUGGGCGGAACUUUUAUGCUACAUUAGGUAGUCUGCAAUUAUCAGCUUGGUCUAUGUAUAUUCUCCUAUUCCAAAUCUCGCUUCCACGGAAGCAUCGUAGUUAGAACCGUGACCUGUGUUUAUUUGUCUACGCCAUUGAUCUAAAAUGCUUUUUAUAUUUGCGUAGUUACCCAUCCGGCGAAGUGGGAAUCUGGGAAGAUGUGUCCAAAGAACGUGUCCAAAAAGGGAUGUCAUCAGAGCAUUGACGGAUAUACCCCCAAAAACAGAACAAAGCAAACGCCACUCAUCAUGAUCACGUAUGACUCCGUCUAUUUAUCAAUUUUUACCUA